CAUUUUGUUAUUAUUAUUAUGAUGAUUGUUGGUUUUGUCAUCACAAAAACAGUUAUUAACAGGGAUAUAGAUAUUGAAGCAUCUCAUUGCCUUCGUGGUGGCACUUUUUUUUUUCUUUCCCUGUUAAAAAAAUGUCUUUUACAGACUAUGGUGUUUUCUUAGUGAAACAAUUUCUUUUUAGCUUCAUUGGAACAUGUGAGUUUCAGUGAUAAGAAAAUGAGGUCUGGAAGAUUUAAUAGAGGUUUGUUGACUAGUGGCCAAGAGAACCUGUAGGCGUAGUCAGUUUAGCUAGUAUGAGGUAAAUACUAAAGUUGACUUUUUGGUCCAAUUGGUAGAUGAAAAUAUUGCCAACUAGAUGACUUGCGUGAGCAGACAAUGUGCAGGUCUUCAUUUUGAACAUCAUUCAGCCUUCAGGUUUUGAGACGGAGGAAAGCUUUUUUGCACUAUCAUCAUGCUCAAGCAUAACAAUUUGGGGUUUGGUAUUAGUGUAUUGGUAGUUUUCUAUUUCUAAAUGUGGUAUAUGCAUCACUUAAUCUUGGUUUGUGAUUUUGUAACAUGGCCGUGGUGAGCAUAAUUUUCAAGCGCCAGCGAAGAUAGUUUGAUGAAUGCAUCUCUAGUUGCUCGUUGGCAGCCCAAAGGUUUAGGCCGUGGUGGUGAAUCUUGUGAGCUUCUGUGCAAUCCAUUAAAUGUUGCAUUUUAAUCUGUCAAGCGUACAUGGGAAAUUGGAACUUCAUAUGUUAACCAUAUUCCCACGAGUGAACAUUAUCUGAAUCUAAUAAUGCUAUAAUCAAAACUCGGGUUGGUGGAAUCGGGAUGGAGGUAUGUAAAGAUGAGUUUCUCUCGUCAAUCUCGUGGCGUUUUGAGCGGGCGACUAUCUUAAACCCAAAUGCCAACGUGCUCGAGUAUUGUAGGCAUUUGAUCGAUAAUACGAAAUAUUGAAGCAUCAAUCGAGAUUUAUAUAGCUAUUAUUGUAGUGACCCAAAGCGUAAGGGUAAGUCUGAAUCUGUAAUUGUCCUGGGCUUCUUGUGUGGUCCACAGAGUGUUCAACACGCAAGAUUCUUCUACCAAAUCGUCUAGCGUUUAACUCCCUAGAAUAGAUAACCUAUGAAUACGUGGCUACAGCCCAUUUGCAAGCCGUCCCUUACCUCCACUUCUGGAUAAUAUCCAAGCAAAAAACUGUUGCAUUUGCCACAGGCAGGAAAAGCAAUACACCUGGAUAUGGUGAGAUACCCAGAAAAUAUCAGGACUACUUGGUGGGGAGAAUCACUAUUUGGAAACUUCUCUUUUGCCUUAGAUGGCUCCAAUUCUCACCUCCAAUUCAUUUCUCCUCGCUCCCAAACCCCAUUCAAGACACCCUCUCAAGAUUCCAAGACUCCGAGUCUUUGCCAAAAGGGCUGGAUCGUUCUCCCCAUUUCAGCUAGGUAAACCUAAAGACGACGGUGCAUCAGAAGUAAGCCAAAAUGGUGGUUCAGGCAAUUCGGGUCCUUUUAGUUUCAACUUUGACAACGUACCUGAUGUAAAGUCUCUGAUACCUAUUGUGAGUGAGCCAACUUCUGGUUUGUCGUUUCCAAGAAGGAAGGAUGCUAGCACAGUGUUUGUAGCCGGUGCUACUGGGCAGGCAGGUAUUCGAAUUGCACAAACUUUGCUGCGUGAAGGUUUUAGUGUUAGAGCUGGGGUUCCUGUACUUGAAACUGCUCAGGAAUUGGCUCGUUUCGCAGGGGAGUACAAGAUCAUCUCAAAGGAAGAAUUGAGACGCCUUAAUGCUGUUCAAUCCACUUACGAAGAUGCAGAAUCAAUUGCCAAAGCAAUUGGUAAUGCAAGCAAAGUUGUGGUCACAAUUGGGCCCGCAGAGAAUGGUCCUAACUCUCAAGUCUCCACAUCUGAUGCCUUGCAAGUAAUCCAGGCUGCUCAGCUAGCAGGAGUUGGCCAUGUCGCAAUAAUCUAUGAUUCAAACGCUGCAGGUGCUUCAACUUAUAAUGUCCUGGACGGCUUCACAUCAUUCUUUAACAACUUGUUCUCACAAUUUCAGCCAUUGUCCAUACCUGAGUUCCUGCAGAAAGUAAUUGAGACAAAUGUUAACUAUACUUUCAUAAAGACAAGUUUGACUGAAGAUUUUUUGCCAGAGAGUUCUUAUAAUGUUGUUCUAUCUGCUGAAGGAAGCACUGGUUCAAACGACUACAAAGUGGCAAAGUCUCGGAUAGCGACUAUAGUGGCUGAUGUUUUCUCGAAUACAAAAGUAGCAGAAAAUAAGGUGGUGGAAGUUUUUACUGAUCCAUCAGCACCCUCAAGGACCAUAGAUGAGCUUUUCAGUGUCAUUCCUGAAGAUGGAAGAAGAAAAGUUUAUGCAGAAACUCUUGCAAAGGCAAAAGCAGAGGAAGAAGCAAGGGUAGCUGCUGAGAAAGCUCGUGAAGCAGCCGAUGAAGCAAAGAAGCUUGAAGAAGAAGUGAACAGGCUUUCAAAGCAAGAAACUAAAGUAGAUAGUCUAGCUGAAGAAGCCCAGGAAAAGGCUGAGGCUGCCGGGAUUUCAGUGGAAAAUCUCUUGAGCAGAGCAAAAGACAUUGGAGCAGGAUUUUCUUGGGAGAAACUUGGUUCCCAGAUAUCAACUGCAGUUCAGACGACUAACGGAGAAAAUCUCAAUGUGCAGAUUGCUACUGUCAGGGGACAAGCCAAAGCUCGUUCUCUCCCUUUUCAAAAGGCUUCUGUUAAGCGGCCAACCCCAAAAUUAUCCUUGAAACCAAGAGAGGAGCCAAAGGCAAAGGCAAAGGCCGAGGAGACGGAAUCAAAGACAGAAGUAAAGAAACUAUUUGGCGGACUGUUUCAGCAAGAAACUAUAUAUGUUGAUAAUGAAUGAGACAAAGUAACCCACAUCUUGUCUGAUGCAGAUGCCAUUUAAAGUUUGUAAUGAUGUUAAGAGUAGAAGUCUAAACCGAAAAUGUGUACUAUUUAAGGUUUCCCAAUCAUUUUCCCUUUCUUUAA